UUUACAGUGUCUUGGGUGGACUCUAGGAUGCCAGUGCUGGCCAGCCUUCUAUUGCUGAUCUCCUCACAAAUGUUGCUAAAAGGGGCUGCAUCCCACUUCAUGAUGGAUAUGGCUCUGCAUUCCUUUGAUGACCAGUAUCUGGGGUGCAGAGAGCAGAUGAUGGAAGAACUGGAGCGAGGAGACUAUUUCCAAAAGGAAAUAGCUGCUAACAAGGACUAUUUGAGUCUCUGGAAAAAGGCCCAGGAGGCUUUGUUAAAGAGCCCUGUAGGUCUCCUAAGAGAGAUGCAUGAAAGCCAUGCCAUAGCCCUCAUGGCUUACACCAUGAACUCUUCCCUGCACUCUCAACUGAACUGGGCCACUGCUACAGGAGGAAGCUCUCCAGAGCACUACAGACACAACUUCAGUUUCAAAUAUUUUCACUUUUACCUAACAACUGCUAUUCAGAUAAUGAAGAAGUGGCAAAGCAGCAAGGAAAGCACAGGGAAACCUAAGUGCUACCAGGUGCACAGAGGGGUAAAAGACUUAUACAUCGAGGCCAGGGUGGGCAACAGGGUGCGAUUUGGCCGUUUCACUUCUACCUCUCUCCUCUGGAAUGAAGCCCAGAAGUUUGGGAAUGAAACUUUUUUCACAGUGACCACUUGCCUGGGAGCAGCUGUGCAAGGCUUUUCUUACCACACAUCCGAGAAGGAAGUCCUCAUUCCCCCUUAUGAGAUCUUCUUUGUCAAACAGUUCUUUCAGACGCAGCACGGUAACCGGAUGCAUCUGCAUUCUGUGGGCAACUACAGCAAGUACCACUGCCAGCUCGUGGAAGAUUCAAGAAGCAAUAAUGCUGCUUCCACUGCCCUCACCUCUGCUGCUCUUGUAGGUGGAGUUUUCAUGUGCUUGGUCUGCAAGAACUGA